GAGCUGGCUGUGCAGCGCACGCGAGUAGGCAGCUUCGUACACACCACGCACCACGCGGUUCCCCCCCGACGUGUGCCUUACCCCUCCGCGCAGUGGUGGCGUACGGUCAGUUGCUGUCGAUGCGGCGGCGGCGGUGGCGGUCGCUCCACUUCAGCUGAGGGCCUAGGUAUAAAGGCGCCCCCACACCCAGUGCGGGCCGUCAGUCAGCCGUGUGACUUGGUGGCGGAUAGUGCCCGGAAGACAUGUCAUCCCGGCGGCGGUGGACCGACGCGCCAGCCACCACCACCUACGCGCAGCCGAGUCGACUUGCCCCGGGCAUCGUUGCCACACAUCGUGCGAUACGGAGCGUCCACCAGUGUUGUGCCUCGGCAGUUUGUGCUUCGUCGGUGGUGCAGUGCCGUCGUCGUUGACGGGAAUCCCGACGUUGUGGUUUGGGGUGUGCUCCUUCGGCAAUCCUGGUGAUGCUCUCCGACCUAGGUUGUUGCCGGUGAUCGACACGAGCACGUGCUGCCAUGCGCGGAGAAACCCGGCUCUUAGGAAAUCGGUUCUCCCAGUCCGCGAUCUGUUUGCUGUAAAGCGAGCGCGGACACUUCUUAUCCGGCUGCGGGGACCCAUGGAUGCAGCCAUGCGUUGGCGCAGGACUUGGCUGGCCACGGCGGGCCUCGCCUUCUGCCUCGGCAUGACCGUCGGCCUGCUGCUCCCUUUGAGGGAGCUGGCUCGCAGCGGCAACAACAGCAGCAGCAGAAAGGCGGAGGCCGGCUCGCAGCAUGAGCGGCCGGGCAAUGCGUCUUCCAGCGGCCCCCCUCGGCCGCCGACGGGGAGCGCCGCCGCAGCUUCCCGUGCGCUCAACGGAUCGGACCUGUCGCUGCUGCCUCGCCGCUCCGAGAAGGGCACGGUGCGAGGAAUUUUCUGGGCGGGACCCGUGGAGCGACUGGUCGCCGCGGGCUCUCUGGGCAGCGAAGAGGACGUGUCUCGGUGGCGGGCCACCGCCAGGAGAUCGACCGUCCGGGCCGUAUAUGAGGGAUGCGGCCGCAUGCAGAACAGGCUGAUCGUGUUCGACUCCGGUGUGCUCAGCUGUGCCCGCUACCGGCAAAACAACGACCAGAUUCAGGGCGAACUCUUCUCGUUCUACUUGUCCCGGGAGCUGGGCAUUCGCAAUCUGCCGCCCGCGCUGCUGACGCGGGCCGCCGGCCGGAGCUGGGACCCCGUCAGGUCCAGCCUUGAGUUAGCCCAGUGGCGUUCGGACAGACCUGUGGUGCUGACUAAAUUCGUGGACGACUUGGUGCCCACGUUCAUUCCGGAGGAAUUCCGGUCGCCCACCACUCGACGGCUGCAUCCGCCCGACGUCGCUAACAAGACACAGAAAGAGAUACGAGACUUGGUCCAGUGGUCGGACCUGAUUGUCUUCGACUACCUCACUGCGAACCUGGACCGCAUCGUGAACAACAUGUUCAACCUUCAGUGGAACCCGGACAUGAUGAACGCCCCCGCGCACAAUCUGGUUCGGCAAAAGACCACGGGUCUCCUAGUGUUCCUGGACAACGAGUCCGGUCUCGUGCAUGGCUACAGACUGCUGGACAAGUACGAAGUGUUCCAUCGGUCCCUGCUGGAUGCCCUUUGUGUCUUCAGGAAAGGCACGGCUGACGCCGUGGCCAGACUCGUCCGUGACAGGGACGUAGGCCGAAGACUGUACAGUGCUUUUAACAGUAGCGAUCCCGGCAUGGAUAAUUACUUGCCCUUCCUGCCAGAGCGCAGCGUCAAGAUCCUCAACAAGCGACUGGCCCAAGUGAAUUCGCAGAUACGCAGGUGCAUGGAUAAGUACGGCCACGUUCUACGGUAAAACUCCUGCCACGUAGAGGACAAUGGUACGUUGUUGGACGACUCGCAGGGGGUGAGUUGUUACGUGCGGCACAACAUGUUUGCUCUUGUGAUACGUAACGCAACGUGAAGCCGGAGAGAGUGUUUCACUGCCCGGCUAGGUGUUGCUUGCGCUGUGCGAGCGGUCUCCAAAGAUGCGUCUCGGCCCAGGCAGCGCACGGAUAGUCAAGGUGUGUUCUGACUUCCUCGUUAGUGUAACGUUAACGCGGCUAGCGUGGCGAGGCAUAGGAAAUUUGGAACACUAUUCUGUUGUACGUAGCAGGGCCUGUGCUGGCGGCGAGCCGAAGCAAUCGAAUGGGAUUACAUGACCGCCGCUGCAGCUGUAGACCAAACUUUUGUUUAUACGUAUCUACUCUAGUAAGUUGCAGACUUUGAACGUGCUCGGAGGGCUGCAGCGUUUGAGAAUUGAAUAUGUGUUUGUUAGGUAAUUUAUGAAGUGUUUCUUAUAUUUUUUUUGUGUGACUACCAUGUCUAGCGAGCAUCAAUAGUAUAAAGUUUGUCGCUGCAAGAAGAUUGAGCAGUUUAUAAUUGUCGGGCGCGUCCGAUAAGCGGAAAGCAGCUAGUUCACUAGUACCUUGUAGAAAGCCAGCGUAGAUUACUUGGUCUCCACAGUAGAGAAUUCUGAUGGCGUAAACGAAAUUUCUGAGCGAAUCUUUUCAAGAGAUCAACCGCCGUUGCUUGCAUAACCAUUCGGAAAGAUCAAGAUUAUAUGCUUGAAAGUUGAAACUCAUGUUGUCGACAGUAUAAGAAAGGAAAGUUUUUUAAAGUUAUGCGAAUAGUGGUCUUCGCUCUUUUGCUAAUGCUAUGCAAAAAUCUUGCUACUGAAUGCUUGCAACUACACAUUUUUUCAGCUAAUCGGUGUCCCGUGUCACCGUGUGAUCUCUUAACAAUGCCACACGGCGAUAACAAUGUCACAAAGCCUUCAAGUGAAAUUGUUUUUCGUCGGAAAACAAGAAGGUUCCGCAUCGUUUAGGAAUGAAGAUGCCAAAAAUAUGAAAGGGUCCUAAACGUCAAAAUAAUUCAUGCAAUUCCAACGGCUGGUUCAAACGCACUGGACAAAGAUUUUCAGCACGUUCGAAAUGCCUGAUCAUGCGUUACCUAUUUCUUUGUCGCCUACUUCUACCGUCAU